AUGGAGUCACGCCUACCGCAUCCCCGCCAGAUACAGGCUCAGCUUCAGGCUCUCGGUGACGAAAUUCAGAACAUUCGCGAAGAGCAUGACGGCCAUAUCACAGGCCUAGGCCAGCGUCUUCGGGAGGCGGAGGACCGGCAGCGACAACUUCGACAUCAGCUCAACGCCGCCAUGGAUCGCUCUGUUGAGCCGCCUGGUGGUAGCCACAGUGGUUACUCGAGUCUGCACAUCUACCCAAGUAGUCCUGUCCCUCGCUCAGGUGCGCUUACCAGAACCAGUCACAACAAAUCAUCUCAGCGGGAACUUAUUGGUGGUACAAUGGGUUCUGGUGGUUAUGGCCCGGGCUACUCUUCUCUGCCAGGGACGACUUCUGUUGGACAUGGGGGCUCUCCUCCUCGUCUACCCCCUAUUCAGCUCGAGGACUUGAAUGCUACACCCCGUCCACGUAGAGCCGUCUUCCAUUCAUCUACAGAUGACCUUCAAUCACAACACGAGCAGCAGGCCCCAAUUGGUAGUAAGGACAACGCUGCUUAUCUUCCUAUGGUUAUGGAGAAUAUAAUGGCUGAACGCCACCGCCACGAGCGUGACGGCAUCUUAAGAUCUUGGUAA